GGCGGCCGCGUCGUCGCGCGCCGCGCCCGCGCCCACCACGUUUUCGACGCGAACGAGACGCGCGAUGACGACGCGCUCGACGUCGUCUUCCGGCGCGGCGUCCGACGCGCGGCGUCGUCGCCUCAACGCGACCGCGUCCGACGCCGAUUCCGCCGCCCCCGCCGUGCGCGCGUCCGCGCCGCCGCCCGCGGCGCGCACGCCCGGCGGCGUCUCGAACGUCGACGCGCUCGUGGGGUGCUUCCUCGACGGCGGCGUCGGCGCGAUGAUCCGCGCGGUGUUCGGGUCCAUCGUCGCCCUCCUCGCGGAGAAGCUCUGGCGCGCGCGACGCGUCUCGCUCCCGGUCGUCACGCACGGGAACUCGCCGCUGACGCGCGCACUCCUGGACGCGUGCGCGCACUUCCGCGCGCCGUACGACGCGGUGGAGGCGCUGUCGCACCGGCACGCGAGCACGAUCGUCGCGUCGCUGGGGCGACAGAACCUCGCCGUGGAGUACCAGCGCGAGGUGCUUCGAAUGAAGGACGGCGGACACGUCACGCUGGAUUGGCCGAUCGCGGUGCCGCGGUACCGCGACGAGGACGACGACGACCUCGACGCGAUCGCGGCCGCCGCGAGGCGGCACAGGGAGAGGAGCGAGAGCAGGCCGGACGGCGUGCCGGGCGUCGUCGGCGCCGCCGGCGGCGGCGGCGGCGUCGGCGCGUGCGGCAGCGGCGGCGACGGCUGCGCGGUGGACGGGUCGAAUGUUAACGUGAUGGACCCCGGUCCGCCGUUUCGGAGAUCGAUCCCGGACCAGGGGCUCACGGUGCUGCGUAAACGCCUCGCGACGCACUGGACGCAGCUGUCGGACGACGCGCCGGUGUUGAUACUCAUGUCUGGCAUCGCGGGCGGGUCGCACGACAAGUACCUGAAACACUUUCUUCGCCGCGCGUCGCGAGAGGGCUACCGCGUCGUCGCGUUCAACUGCCGCGGGACCGCGAACUCGCCGCUGACGACGCCGCAGUUCUACAGCGCGAGCUUCACGGGCGACGUGCGCGCGGUCGUGGAGGAGAUGCGCGGGAGGUGGCCGGACGCGAAGAUUUUCGCCGCCGGGUGGAGCCUCGGCGCGAACAUCCUAACAAACUACCUCGGCGAGGAGGGCGAUGAGUGCCCGCUCUCCGGCGCGGUGACGAUGUGCAACCCGUUCGAUCUGAACGCGUGCGACGUCGCGCUGCGGGACGGGUUGUUCGGGACGGUGUACUCGCGCGCGAUGGCGAAGAACAUGCGCGCGCUGUUCGCGCCGCACGCGCACCUGUUCGCGGGGUUGCCGCUGUACGACUCGAAACUCGUCGAGCGCGCGAAGACGGUGCGCGACUUUGACGAAGCGGUGACGCGCGUGACGUUCGGGUUCCCGUCCGUGGACGCGUACUACGCCGCGUCGUCUUCUCGGAACGUCAUAAGCGACGUGAAGACGCCGCUUCUCGUCGUCCAGGCGAGGGACGAUCCGAUCGCGGUGAGUUCGGCGACGCCGCGAGACGCGAUCGCCGCGAGCGAGCACGUGUUACUCGUGGAGACGGAGAGCGGCGGGCACCUGGGGUGGACCGCGGGCGAGGAGGCGCCGUUCGGGUCGCCGUGGCCGGAUCUCGGGGCGAUUCAGUUCCUGAACGCGCUCAGGGACGGAGCUCAUCUCGAGGGAGGAGGGGGAGGAGAAGGGAGGGGGGCGGGCGCGGCGGCGGCGGCGAGCGAGUCGUUGGAAGCGGCGAUUUGAUGUUUAGAUUAUUCGUUCGGUAUAAGAUCUACGCAUAAGACAC